UCGAUCGGAAGCUGCCCGUCCGCCGAAGCCCAUUCGCUCUCCUGUCAGCGGCUCGCUCGCCCUCCUGCGUCUCCGUCUCUCUCCUUCCCCGCGCGGCUCUUCUCGGCCUUCCCUCCCCUGCUGGCCGCCAUGUCGCCGGUGCGGGCCGUGCUGGCGCUGCUAGCCGCGCUCUCGGCCCCGGCGGCCGGCUACUUCGUCAGCAUCGACGCGCACGCGGAGGAGUGUUUCCUCGAGCGGGUCCCGUCGGGCACCAAGAUGGGGCUCAUCUUCGAGGUGGCGGAAGGAGGCUUCCUCGACAUCGACGUGGAGAUAACAGGCCCUGAUAACAAGGGGAUCUACAAAGGAGACCGAGAGUCCAGUGGCAAAUACACCUUUGCUGCCCACAUGGAUGGGACAUAUAAGUUCUGCUUCAGCAACAGGAUGUCUACCAUGACUCCAAAGAUAGUGAUGUUCACUAUUGACAUUGGUGAAGCUCCAAAAGGCCAAGAUAUGGAGACAGAAGGUGGUGGAGAUACCUGGGAUGCUCAUCAGAACAAGUUAGAAGAGAUGAUUAACGAAUUGGCCGUGGCCAUGACCGCCGUCAAGCACGAACAGGAGUACAUGGAAGUUCGUGAAAGGAUACACAGAGCAAUUAAUGACAACACAAACAGCCGAGUGGUCCUUUGGUCCUUUUUUGAAGCCCUCGUAUUAGUUGCCAUGACACUGGGACAGAUCUACUACCUGAAGAGGUUUUUUGAAGUCCGGAGAGUUGUUUAAAUCAAACAUUUGAUUUUUUUUUUCCUUUUGGGUUCCUCUUCUCCCUCUCCAGCGAUCCCAGAUUCUCCAUUUACUGUCUACCAAACAACUUGGUCACAAAACUCACUUAGUUUUAUUCCUGCUUUCUGAACUAUAAAGUUUCUUCUUAGUUUAAUUUUUUUUAUAUAAAUAUCUAAAUUGGGCAACAUGUGCUGAGAGCUUUUCACUGGAAUUGGCAGUUGUGUUUCUCACCGAGCUGGAGUGAGCUCAAGCAAAAUUGCGUUGGUUUUUAAAGUCGCACUGUGGAUUGUCUUUAGGCUCUUCCUUAAUUCUUUUAACUUUUUUUUGGUAAGGAAUCACAGUUUUUUGCCUAGGAGCAACGGUAGGUCCUGAAAGAGUUGCUUUCUAAGCCUGUGGUAGACACUUGACUCCAUUGAAGGAUUUCCUCCCUACUUGACAUGGGCUGCCAAGAAAAAAAUAAAAAAAUAAAACCACAUUCUGCCGUACAGGAUUCAGCCGAUGGUUUUGUCUGGGACGUGUGUAGUAGGUUUUUGUAAAACCUCCGGUCCUCUUACUGUAACUACGCUGAUCUGUUCACCACUCUCUUUUUUUUUUAAUUAAAAAGAUCAAGACGCAGCACUGAUCCCAUCUGUUAACUGGUAUAGUCUUGUGGGUGCAAACGGGUAACAGAGGCAGCCUUUUGUGACCAGUUGACUAAAGAGUAAUCUUCCCCCCCAGUUGCUCACUGAUUCAAAAGCUCCUCCUGUUUUUAGCGCUACGGUAAGCGCCAGUGUUCAGGAGCCCAGUUCCUGAUGCCAAAUUUGGGGGCCAGGGAAGCGGGAGAAUGACAGGAAAGGCUAUGCUAUGCAGCCCAGAUGUUAAAGAGUAGCAACCAGUUGCUGCCUAGUUAUAGUCAGGAUUGAGUACCUCUUUCCUGGAAGAAGCCCCUGUGCCUUUUACGUGGCUGGGGGAAACGCAUCAGGGCCGCAGCCCUUCCCUGUUGGUGCAUCUUCUGAAGAGCCUUUUGUGUGGUGAAUAGCAGCACAACAGGCAGAUGUUCAGCAGGUGCAGUUUCCCCCCACAACAGCACCUCAAGGAUCAGGUUUGUCCCCCAGUUGAAUUUGUCCACGUUGUGGUGCUGUUAAAGAAGCACAGGAGCCUCCCUCGAGAAAGGGGCUGGCAAGCCAAAUCAGGCAACCUUGAAAGAAACCAAUAUAUUUUGUGCUUUCUCUCUUUUCAGACACACGCUGGCUUUCCAUUUUGUACAAAUUAUUUUUCUUCCUUUCCUUGAUUAUGGGUUUCGAAAUCACAGCAUCUGGUGGCAGGAGCGGGUGCUGAUCCUAAUAUUACGUUGUGGCUAAUGUAUAUUGGACUGAUGUAUAUUGGUUGUAAUUUGGGGGGGUGGGGGUGGGGAUGGGGUUAUUUUCAAGAUUGGGGCGAAGGGGCAUUCUAUCGGUUACGCCUAAAGAGUUUUGUACCAAAUUUAAUUUAAUUAAAAUUUGUUACAAGUUUUCACGGUUCAAGUAAUCUUUUUCAGCCAUAGGUGGCCAAUUUUAACAACAGUUCUUCGAGUUGGAGGGGGUGCUAUUCCCCACCUUACCGCAGCUGUUGUAUGCCAACCCUUGUGUGUCGAAAUUGAGUUAGAAGAUGUACAUUGACAAGUGCUUGCAAGUUUGAAAUAUGACCAGAUUCGGCAAAUAAACACCUUCUUUAAAAAGAAUGAAAUAA